AUAGGAAUGUGAGUGCAGGAGUUACAGAAAGUACCAGUAGUAGUAGAAGAAGAAAGCAGAGGAAUAGCAGUUUCUUUCCCUUCCUCUCUCUUCACACCAAACAAAAAACCCACUCAAGAAACUAAUCAUCAUGAAAAACCCUCUCCACCCAGCACUCCCAAAAAGCAAUUCAAGCCAUCAAAACCUAACAUCCCUUAAAUUUACCUCUCUUAACACAACCCAUUUCUCACCCAAAACUCCAUCAAAUUCAAACCCAAAACCAUGAAACACCCUUCUGUCCCUCUCUUCCUCGCAGCAUUUACCUUCAUCUUUCUAAGGAUUUCCAUAGUCAUCUCCACCAGUACCACAACUCUACCUCCCCAACUCAUUGCUCUUCUCUCUCUAAAAUCCUCCAUUAGAGACCCUCUAAACACCUUCCAUGACUGGGACUCCACACCCACCUUCUCAAAACCUGGGGUUCAAAUUCAACCCAUUUGGUGUUCAUUUUCCGGCGUCAAAUGUGACCGGAAAACUUUUCAGAUCACAUCAUUGAAUCUUUCGAACAGAAACCUCUCAGGCACCAUCACAGAAGAUAUUCGAUACUUGUCACACCUACAUCAUUUGAAUUUGAGUCGAAAUUCAUUCGAUGGUCCUCUAGAAUCAGCCAUUUUUGAAUUACCAAACCUUAGAACACUUGACAUCAACCAUAACUUCUUCAAUUCCACAUUCCCACCUGGUGUAUAUAAGCUCAAAUCUCUCACCUACUUGAAUGCUUACAGCAACAGCUUCAUAGGUCCAUUGCCACUGGAAAUCAUUCAUCUCCGCUCUCUCGAGUAUCUCAACCUUGGUGGAAGCUACUUUGACGGGUCUAUUCCGGUCAGUUAUGGCAGUUUUCCGACGCUGAAGGUUUUGCACCUCGCCGGAAAUUUACUUACUGGUCCGAUUCCGGCUGAGUUGGGUUUCUUGACACAGCUCGAGCGUUUAGAAAUCGGGUACAAUGAGUACACCGGUGGUCUUCCGGGCCAAUUGGGGACUCUGUCAGCUUUGCAGUAUCUUGACAUCUCAACGGCCAAUCUUUCCGGUGAUCUUCCGUAUGAGCUUGGUAACUUGACGAACCUGGAGGCAUUGUAUCUCUUCAAAAACCACUUUUCCGGUUCUAUACCGGCGAGUUUUGGCCAAUUGUUAGCUGUAAAAGUCUUUGAUCUAUCGGAUAACCAACUCUCAGGUACUAUUCCAAGUGAAAUUUCAGCUUUGAAAGGGCUAUAUUCAUUGUCGUUGAUGAACAACGAAUUAACCGGUGAAAUUCCGGAUGGUAUCGCUGAGUUUCCAGCUCUUGAAAUUCUCUAUCUGUGGAACAACUCUCUCACCGGAAUGUUACCCCAAAAGUUAGGUUCAAAUGCCAAAUUACAGAUGCUUGAUGUGUCAUCAAACUCGCUAUCUGGUCCAAUACCGCCGAAUCUUUGCCUUGGAAACAAGCUGAUCAAACUCAUCCUCUUCUCUAACACCUUUGUUGGUGAGCUUCCUCCAUCACUUUCAAACUGUACGACCUUAUCGAGGUUUCGAAUUCAAAACAACAAACUCAACGGCUCAAUACCAAAUGGUUUUGGGCUCUUGCCAAAUCUAACGUUCAUGGACAUGAGCAAGAACAACUUCACAGGCUCGAUUCCAAAAGAUUUUGGCAAUGCAGCCAAGUUAGAGUACUUGAACGUAUCCGGAAAUUCAUUCAACACUGAAUUGCCUGAAAAUAUAUGGAGCGCACAGAGUUUACAGAUUUUCUCUGCAAGUUAUGCGAAGCUCAUCGGCAAAAUACCAGAGAUCAUUGGAUCAGGAUGUCAUAGCUUGUACAAGCUUGAACUUGAAGGAAACGAGUUAAGCGGUAACAUUCCAUGGGAGAUUGGUCACUGCGAGAAGUUGAUAAGUUUGAAUUUACGCCGAAAUUCGCUUACCGGAAUUAUUCCAUGGGAAAUGUCGACUCUUCCUUCGAUCACCGACCUUGAUUUAUCGCAUAAUCUACUGACCGGCUCAAUUCCGUCGAAUUUUGAUAAUUGUAGUACGCUGGAAAGCUUCAAUGUAUCGUAUAAUCAGCUCACGGGACCAGUACCAUCAUCAGGUUCGAUAUUUUCAAUUCUUCAUCCGUCGUCGUUCAUCGGAAACGAAGGUCUGUGCGGUGGGAUUCUCCACAAAGCAUGCCGGACAGGUGGACUCUCCGCCGGGGCAGUAGAGGUCCGGCCACAGCCGAAGAAGACCGCCGGAGCAAUUAUUUGGAUUAUGGCGGCCGCAUUUGGCAUCGGACUGGUCAUCCUCAUCGCCGGCAGCCGGUGUUUGCACGCGAGUUUCAGCCGUAGAUUUUCCGACGACCGGCAGAUCGGACCGUGGAAAUUAACCGCCUUUCAGCGGUUGAAUUUCACGGCUGAUGAUGUGCUAGAGUGUCUUGCAAUGACUGAUAAGAUCAUAGGAAUGGGGUCCACGGGUACAGUCUACAAGGCAGAAAUGCCAGGUGGUGAGAUCAUAGCGGUGAAGAAACUGUGGGGUAAGCACAAGGAAACGAUCAGACGGAGGAGAGGGGUAUUAGCCGAGGUUGAUGUAUUGGGGAACGUGAGGCACAGGAACAUAGUGAGAUUGCUAGGGUGUUGCAGCAACAGCGGGUGCACGAUGCUGCUCUACGAGUACAUGCCCAAUGGGAGUCUUGAUGACUUGUUGCAUGGGAAGAACAACCACAACAAGAAGGGUGAUAAUUUGGUGGUGGGUGAUUGGCUCACCCGGUACAAGAUAGCACUAGGGGUGGCUCAGGGGAUUUGCUAUCUUCACCAUGACUGUGAUCCUGUGAUUGUGCAUCGUGAUCUUAAGCCGAGUAAUAUACUGUUGGACGGUGAGAUGGAGGCCAGAGUAGCUGAUUUUGGGGUGGCCAAGUUGAUGGAGUGCGAUGAGUCCAUGUCUGUGAUUGCUGGGUCCUAUGGCUAUAUUGCGCCAGAAUAUGCUUACACAUUACAAGUUGACGAGAAGAGUGAUAUCUAUAGUUAUGGGGUAGUGUUGAUGGAGAUUUUGAGCGGUAAAAGAUCGGUUGAUGCUGAAUUUGGUGAUGGCAAUAGUAUAGUGGAUUGGGUAAGAUUUAAAAUUAAGAUGAAAGAUGGGAUUAAAGAUGUGCUCGACAAAAACGUCGGUGCUUCUUGUGGCUCAGUGAGAGAGGAAAUGAUGUUGCUAUUGAGAAUUGCAUUGCUAUGCACUAGUAGAAAUCCAGCUGAUCGACCCUCGAUGAGGGAUGUGGUCUCCAUGUUGCAAGAGGCCAAGCCUAAGAGAAAAUUGUUUGCAAGUGGUGGUGGUGGCAAUGUCGACGCCUCCAUUGUUGGGGGUGGGGGUAGUGGUGGGGAUUGUCUUAAAAUACAAAAGACAAUUGUGGAAUAUUAAUAUAAUUGGUUUGAUACUUUUUUUUUUUCCCUUUUUCUUCAAAUUGUGGGGAUUGGUAUAGGAGGAGUGAUAUUUCUUUUUCUUUUUUCUUUGUUUUCGACUUUCACCCAUGGAAUUUUAAGUGUUUUGUUUCACUUACUAUGAUGUUAUACCAACAUUAUGAUUGUGGAUAUUCUUGCUUGCAAAUUCCACAGUGUCAAUGGUGUUAGUGAUGCUUGUG